UUUGACAAAGCGCUGUGACUUAGGAGAAGUCGAUUUCAGAUCAACUCUGCAUUAUGCAUUAGGCGCAUUUGUUGUUGUUGGUGUUUUUUUUUUCGAGUAGAGUUUUAAUUUCCUAUAUGGGCUCGGUGCCACGGUUGGCCGCUUGGCUCUGCACGUGAAAGGCUGCAAAAGCGAUGAAAUACAACGGAAGAUUUCUGCCCGCACCACACCUCGUCAAGCGAGGCAGCCAAUUUAAUUUGCUCAUUGUUCCGAUGUUCCUAUUCACAUUUUCAAAUAAUAAUAAUACAAAUUCCAUUGUCCCAAGUGCCGUGACCGACACAAGAUGUUCCUUCUGGGUGACUGUCUGAUAACCGCCACCAGAGAAUUCCUCCUCUCACCACAGGGAGAGAGACACCGCGCAGUGAUACACAAAAAAAUAAACAUGGGGAAAUCACUGUGCAGUGAAAUGACCAUUGCGUCAGUACAGUUUUGCCACAAAACUGCUCUAGCUCUCUCCUGAGGCCCCUCUCACGAAUGUACUGCACGUUGAACUUCUUUCGCACCGUACGUAGCCAACCUCGCUAAUCGGAGGUGCGGGGGAAGGACACCAAACUAAACAGAAAAAAAAGCAGUUCUACAGAAACGAGUUUUUAAUCGAGAAUUAAAAGUUCAUAGCUCCCAGUGGCUUCCGAAUAUCGGAAGGCAGAGCGUUCCAGACGGCCGCAGAAGCGCAUCUGAAAGCGCGCGAUGCGGUGAGCGCAUUUGAUCGGGGGCCUAAAUCGUGACCUCGGCAUUGCCAUUCAGCUCCUGAAUAUAUUGCUGCCAUUAUGCGCGGCAACGGAAUAGCAGAGCUGCGUUGACACACGGUGUGCAGCAAUUAAUUUUGCAUGUUUAUGUAGCUACACCAAUAUGUGCGCGUGAUAAGAGGAGCCAAACAACGGCGCGUUCUUUAUCACUGCGAAGGGAACAUUUGUUUCAUCUGUCAGCCUCUCUACCUUUCAAGUAGUUGCGUCCAAUUGCCAUUUUGUUUCUUCACGGUGAUCCUUGACGGGGCUUUAUUGUUCAGCUUCGCCUUUAGCUUGCUGGUCUUCUCGCAUUCAUAUUCAUGCAGCUGCCAUAAUAGAAGGACGUGUACGCUAUAUGCUGUAUUCAGUAUUUAUAUAAGCCGUGCUUUAUAUCGUAUUCAUUAUAUGCAAGGUUGUGCUUGCCUUUUACCAUAGCCCAUUGCCCCGCUCUGGCCUCUUAGCCCUUCUCUGCCCCCCUCCCUCUGCACCCCCCCAUCCCACAUGGGCGCUUCUGGAAAUGGAAAUGCCUCCCGAGGCGGCUGCUGCCGAUGUUGCCAACCACCACGCGUACAGCAGAGCUCGUCACACAGAGCAGAUCGCCACGACGGCUCCCGAUCUCAUCAGAUGUCUCCGCAGCUACGCAGGCUGACUUAGUGCCCGGGUGGGAGGCUGCCUGAGAUGAGCAAGGCGUUGUAGGCUUGGGCUGCGAGGCGGCUAGCAAAUUUGCCGUACAGCGAGUGGAUUCAUGACUCUAUCCGUGCAGAGCUUUGCGUGUUAACACCCCCGUGUGCAUGGCUGUUCUUCGGGCACCGCAGUGUACUCCGACAAUGUCACUUGGGUGUGGAAUUGGCCAAACAUCCCAAUGUAGGAUCCCCCGGAAAAAAGCGUGAGAGCGAGUGAGGCUUUCCUGGGUAAUGAGCAGUGGUAUUAUUAUUAUUAUACGGGAAGGUUUGUUUGUUGAUACACUCCUUUGUUUCGCCACGCAGAGUAUCCGCCCCAUCUUCCCUAACAUACAAAAAUGUAAAAGUGAUUGCUGCUCAAAUUAGCAUUGAGUCGGCGCUCGUAUCAUGUCUACAGUCCUAAUCCACGGGUGUAACUUUCACUUUCCCGUGCCGGAUGCGAGUCCAUCCACAGAACAACCACUCUUGACUCCCCCCCCCAACAAAAUGUAACUUCUUUUAUCCACCCGGCGGGAUGAUGAGCUGAGUCAACCCCCGGUCAUGAUUUCAACUCGGAGCUUUCCCCAUUGCGAUCCGCUCACUCUAGCACCGAGCCAUCUGGCGGGAUCGUCUUUGCCGUAGCGCAAAAUCAAAGCGAUUGAACAUCACCGCGUGCAGCCCGAUGGUUGUUUAACGGACGCACCUGCAGCGAGGUCUGUGUUGCGUUAUUUACCGAGCGACGCAAUGAAGGAAGGGUCGGUCGGGAGAGACUAAGACACAGAGAGAGAGAGAGAGAAACACGUGGGGAGGAGGAUCGAGGGCUCACGCACCAUUCAUCGCCGAGCGUGACACGUGACAGCGACACGAGCGACGAGCAAUGAGCGAGAGCGUCGCUUUGUUCGUGCGAGGGAGACGUUCUGAGGAAUGCCGAUCCCAGGGCACUUUGCGCCGCCGCGUGCGCUCCUCUAAUGGGCCGAGGUGGCGGCUAUGGAGCGGCAGAUAUUCGACUUCCUGGGAUACCAGUGGGCGCCCAUCCUCGCCAACUUCUUUCACAUCCUCGCCGUCAUUCUCGGACUCUUCGGCACCAUCCAGUACCGGCACCGCUACAUCGCCGUGUACGCCCUGUGGCUCGUCUUCUGGGUGACUUGGAAUAUCUUCAUCAUCUGUUUCUACCUGGAGGUGGGCGGGCUGACUCGGGACAGCGACCUGCUCACGUUUAACAUCUCGUACCACCGCUCGUGGUGGCGGGAUUACGGCUCGGCCUGCCCCCCCGCGCCACCCACGGCGCUGCCGGGCCCCUCGGUGGCAGGCGACACGGUGUCCGACGGCCUCACGGGGCCCGUGGCGGUGGGCGUGGUAGAAUGUCCGCUCGAGUUCCAGUUCGUCGAGGUCAUCCACAGCGCCUGCCAAAUCGUGCUCGCGCUGGUUUGUUUUGUCUGCGCCUGCUAUGUCAUCAGCGUGUUCACGGAGGAAGAGGACAGCUUUGAUUUCAUCGGUGGAUUUGACUCGUACGCGGCGUACCGGGGCUCGCAGAAGAUGUCAUACCUCCAGCUGCAGCCGCUGUAUCUGCCUAAAUAGGCAUCUGCAGAGACCUCUGGAUUCUCCUUCCGCGGCGCUGGCUCGGCAUGGGGGAAGGGGAGGAGGGGGGG